GGGUGACUCGGUUCAGAGGCGGGACGAUGGGCCCAGAAGCGUGCACGGCUGCUCCUCUGGCUGCUCGUGGACACGAGGGAAGUGUACAGCCGCGGAACUCGAAGGUGGGCAUCUGAAGCUGGCCCGUUUGAUUGGAAGAGGAGGCGACAGCAUAUCAGAAUCUUCUCUCUCGCGCUGCAGUCUCUCGUUCGCCGACUCGUCCGUCGAUGGCGGCCGAUGACGAUCUUUACGACGAGGAUUGAAUGAGCGCGAGCGAGAGAGAGAGAGCGAGAGAGCUUUAGAUGCUUGAGCUUUCCCUGUUUCACUAUUGGCGUAAAAUUGGGCCCACUGCCUCGAGUGGUGGGAGGCACGGGAGCUUUCUUGUCGUAUGUAGGACAUUGACGAUACAGGGGCGCAGUUCGGUGCUGCCGGAGCGAGGAAUUUACCUUCCGGCUUUGAGCUUUCUUCUCACCUCCCCUCUCCUCCCGUUCGUUGCUUCUCGACUGAUGAGUCGUUCGGCGUGAUAGCAUUCGUGGCAUUUCGUAGAGAAUUUCCUUGUCACGUGGGUUUUUCGUGGCUUGUUAAAUUCGCUCUCCGUUGACAUCUCUCGUGCCCUUGUCCUUCGUGUGGAGGCGCGAUUUUGGGUUUUGCGCUGGUGGAUCUCUUCUCUCACAGUCUUCUCCUCAACAGUUGAAGAGAGCGCCCAAGCUCAUAUAAAAUUCUGUUUGUAGCCUCGAGUUGGGAGAGAGGAUCCGCGUAUAUAGCCGCGUGUUGAUACAUGCAGGAGGUUGUGUUUUUCAAACAAUGUCAUCUCAACCUUGAGAGUCAUGAUAACCUACUUAUAACGUAGGGGGAACGCACCUUGAGCCGCAGUGCUGAAGUGAGUUUGGAGACAGUCCUUGGAACUUCACUUUCUCCUUUGAAGACAGUGUGCUGUGGCUGGAAAGUCGAAGGCACUGAGCAUUUCUUUUCACCAUGGAGUUACGGGCUGUCCACCAAAUGGUCAGCAAGCCUGGAAACGCUGAGAUUGGGAUUCUUAGACCUUCGAAUUGUAUUUCAACGUUCUCAGAAUGUAGAGGAACUCUGGCCUUCGUAAGUUCGAGUAAUUGCGAAAUUGCUUCUUCCAAAUGUCGCGUCACAUCGUCAAACUCUGCUCUGGGAAGCACAAGAGAUUUUUGCAGCUUCGGUGGGGUCAGACUUGGCAAGUUGUAUACUUUCAAAUCAAGGAAUACGGGGAGAUUAGAAUUCAGUCGACGUGUUUCUACAAGUGCUUCAAAUUCUUUGCAAGUAGAGGACUUUGCGAGCGUCGUUGAAGACGUUCAAAAAUCUCUGGCUGAGCUACCAUCACAGACUGUACAUACACUCCAAUUGGCAUCUACAAAAGUUGCAAAUUCACCUGCUGUCGAACAGCUUGGUCAAUCUGCUUCAAAAAUCACGUCUGUUGCUGCUCAUUUAGCUUCAGAACUGGGUUCUCAGUUACACAAUUUGACCGGAGGUGCAAAGAUUGAAACAUCAGAACUAGCUAUUGCAGCAGAAAAAAUUGGAGUACAAUUUGGGACUGCGGCUAGCACCUACUAUAAUGGAUUGGGCGUUAGCGCAUCUCCUGAAAACGCCAUUGCCGUUGCGGUUGCUCUUGUGACAGCCGUUUCUUUAGUUUCUUCCACGAGCAACAAGAGAGCUUUCAUCGAAGGUGAAGAUAUACCUCUGAGAUACGAUCCUCGUUCAAUUGCGACAUUUUUCAAGAAGAGACCUGCAGAUGUACUAGUGCGAUCUGUGCAGAUUAUGACUCAGUGCUCCUCCUUAUCUAUAAGCAUCAUACUUGACUUAACACUGAAUAGAUACUCGGAGAAUGAGAAACUCCGAGCACGGCAACUAGUGGAUCUUAUAGCCAGGCUCGGGCCGACAGCAAUCAAGAUUGGUCAGGCUCUAAGCAUACGGCCAGACUUAUUAUCUGCUGUGUACCUAGAAGAGUUGCAGAAGCUGCAAGAUAGAGUUCCCCCUUUUCCAAACGACGAUGCCAGAAAGCUUAUAUCCCAGGGAUUGGGGAGACCUACUGAAGAAGUCUUCUCUGAAAUGUCGGAGGCACCCAUAGCAGCCGCGUCUCUGGGUCAGGUCUACAAAGCAAGGCUGCGGGAAACAGGGAAAAUGGUUGCUGUGAAAGUACAGAGGCCCGGUGUUCUAGAGGGAAUCUCAAUGGAUCUUUUGCUACUGAGAGCCGGAGCGUAUGCAUUUCAGAAUUUUCCUGGUGUUCAAAGUGACCUUGUUGGUCUUCUGGAUACCUGGGCAGUUCGUUUCUAUGACGAGCUCGACUAUGUUCAAGAGGCGAAGAAUCAAACACAGUUUGCAGAGAACAUGCGGUCAUUGUCAAAUGUUACUGUACCUGGUGUAUAUACGGAGUAUACUACUCGCAAGGUUCUUACAACUGAAUGGGUCGAAGGAGAAAAACUUUCUGAAAGCAAAUCAGAUGAUCUUCUACCUUUGGUCUCGACGGCCCUGAACUGUUACCUAAUGCAGCUUCUUGAAACUGGCUUUCUCCAUGCCGACCCACAUCCCGGGAAUCUUCUUAGAACUCCAGAUGGUCGCCUAUGUGUUUUAGACUUCGGUCUCAUGACUCAGGUAACGGAAGAUCAGCGAUACUCUUUGAUUGAGUACAUUUCGCAUCUGGUAAAUUCGGACUACGCCCGAGUUGCAGAGGAUCUGGUAAGGCUGGGAUUUGUUCCACCCGAUAUGGAAGAUCCAGCAAAGACAGCUGCAGUCGUCCCUCAACUGAGCAAAGUGCUUGGGCAACUUGUGCAAGGAGGUGGUGCCCGCAAAAUUAAUAUUCAGGAGGUCACAGAUGAUUUGGUGAAGAUGUCGAAAGAGUAUGUGUUUGUUCUUCCACCGUACUUUGCCCUUAUAUUGAGAGCAUUCUCUGUUUUGGAGGGAAUUGGUUUGGAAGCUGAUCCGGAUUACACGAUCGUUGAUGAGUGCUAUCCUUACAUCUCAAAGCGACUGUUGACAGAUGACAGUCCUAGGGCACGAGCUGCGCUCAAGUACUUCCUAUAUGGAGGAAAAAAACAGCUAGACGUUGGAAGAGUUGAAGAGAUUGUUGGUGGAUUUCAGUCCUUCCGUGAGGUGAUGGCGCCAGCUGGGCCGAAACAGACUCAGUCGUCCAUUGACCCAUCCACGAAGGAAGCUUUGAAAUUGAUAUUCGCCCCCGAAGGAAGUUAUAUCCAAGAGUUGUUGCUGACCGAGCUUGCACGAUCGGUUGACGCACUCUCACGGGAGGCACUAGCGGAACUCUGGAGGCUUAUCGGUUCCACUUUGAGGAUUCCUGGUCUACCAGUUCCUGCGUCCCUCUCAGCUCCAAGAUCUUGGCCACUUCCUGUGCCAGGUCUUUUUUUCGGUAUGAAUUCGGUGGCAACACUGUCUGAAGAGGAUCAAAAAUCUCUUGAUACUGUUAAAAGACUAUGGGCACUAACGGAACCUUUUCGUGCUCAACCGUCGCCUUCAGAUAUUCUGGCUUUCAGUCAAGAAAGCUGGCCAAUAUUUCUCGAUUUACUUCCGGGUGUAACUACAGCAGCUCAGCGGUUCGCUACUAUUCUUAUUCAAAGGCAAGCACUUCGAUUUGCAGAUGAUCUCGAUGGCACGAAUUCUGUGGAAGAGUGGGAUAAGGACGCUAUGGCCUCUGCUCGAAAUAUCCAACCUCUAAGACUUUUUUCAUUUAUGAAAAGGGAAAGAUUUUAGAUGUUCUGUCUAUACUGAGAAAUAGACUUUAUCAGAGGUUGUAACUCAUACCAUCUUAACGCUACAUGUAGGAUAGCAGUAGAAUGUGCGUAUGCACUUGUAGAUUCCAGUCUGUACAAUAUUAUAUGAGUAUAUGCAAUGGGAUUAGUUGUGGAAAAUAAAAUAGGAAAAAUUCGAAAUCUAACGACGUGUUCUGUCUUGGAGUGGAUUCGAUGAAAUGUCCAGCAACAAAUCAAAGUUGAAGAAGUGUGCUUGCGACAAGUGCGUUAGUAGAUUAGGGGCAAAAUAGAGACCAACAGGACCUGGGAACAAAUUGUUCUAGCCUUUUGUCGGACAUCCCGUAACCAAACUACUGUGCAACGAAACAAAAGACACUUAUAAUCUCUACAGCCUUGAUAUACUUUUUUGGAUAUUCCG